CGUCUCUUCUUCUCCAACUGCUUGUUACUCGAAAUCAAAGCCUCGAAUGGGCCGUUCACGUCGCGCAUGAUUUACGUGAUCCUUUUGGAAGUCACUUCUUGUACUUGAACCACCAUAUCAACGCAAAGAGGUCCUCUGGGCGCAUAACUCUUGAAUUUCAGCAAGCAAGACUAGUGCGACAUCUGAUGGCUCCGGCCCCGGCCCCUACGUCGCUCAAGCAGACGUCGAGCGGCAGCUCAGACAAGUCCACCUUCAGACGCAUCGAGGAUGAGGAGGUCAAGCCAUAUGUGAUCGUGAGCGACCUCGGGAAGGGCAGCUUUGCGACCGUGUACCGGGGUUAUCAUGAGCAAACACACCGGCCAGUCGCGAUCAAGACCGUCAGUAGGGCAGGGCUCAGUCCGAAGCUCUUCGAUAACCUGCAGGGCGAGAUAGAGAUCCUCAAGGCGCUGUCGCAUAGACAUAUUACGAGGUUGCUGGAUAUUGUCCGUGCGGAUAGAAAUAUAUACCUCAUCAUUGAGUUCUGCGCCGGAGGCGACCUUUCGAACUACAUCAAGAAGCGAGGCAGGGUGGAGGGCCUUGAGUACAUACCUUCUCCUGGCGCAGCUCCGACGUACUAUCCGCACCCGAGAACAGGAGGACUGGACGAAAUAGUGGUCCGUAGCUUCCUUCGUCAGCUCGCUCGUGCUCUCAAGUUCCUGCGGCAACGGAACCUCAUUCAUAGGGAUAUCAAGCCUCAGAAUCUGCUGCUGAAUCCCGCGUCACCCGACGAUCUCGCGAGGGGACAUCCGUUCGGCGUGCCCAUUCUCAAGGUUGCCGACUUCGGGUUUGCACGGUCAUUGCCCCAGGCCAUGAUGGCGGAGACGCUCUGCGGAUCACCACUGUACAUGGCCCCCGAGAUUCUCCGCUACGAGAAGUACGAUGCGAAAGCGGAUCUGUGGUCGGUGGGCGCGGUCUUGUACGAGAUGGCUGUUGGGAAGCCGCCCUUCCGCGCCUCGAACCACAUCGAGCUCCUCAAGAAGAUCGACAUGUCAAAGGGAAUCAAGUUUCCCGACGAGGACCCGCAGGCGCAGUCUCGUACACAGGCCGCGGGCGAGGAGCUCAAGCCCGUACCCAGCGACGUCAAGAAACUCAUCCGCAAUCUCCUGAAGCGCGUUCCUGCGGAGCGAUGUAGCUUCGAGGACUUCUUCGGGAGUACCGCCAUGGCGAAGUCCAAGUUUCCGCGGCCAACACCUGAGCUAGUGGACGACGGAGGUGUUGAAUACGGCCCAGAUGGCAAGAUCAUUACACCAGAACAUCACAAGGUCAUCCCGCCAGAGGUGCUCGAUCCCAAAGCGAUGAUACCUCCCAGCAAGUUCAACUUCCGGAGACGGGAGAUUGUGAGCGGAGGACCGCAGGGUGGGCCGUCUGGCCGCAGUAGUCCUACUGGCACUGGGAACGGGAUUGUCGAAGUUUCUAGAUCACCAGCUAGGUCACCGCGGCAAGAGCCUUCUCUCCUGCCCAAGCCGGCAUCCGGAGAGUCGUCUGACAUACCCGGAGAGACCGAAGAGGAUGGCCUCCUUCGACGUGAAUAUGUUCUCGUAGGUGACAAGCGAGCGGUGGAGAUCAACCGGGCAGUAGACGGUAAGGCGACUAGGCUCACUCAUCCCAGCGCACCUCCCAAUAGACCUACCUCCCUUGUAGAGAUUAGCACCGCCCGACGACGUCCGCUGCGCGAUCGACGUGUCCUACCGACGCCCUUACCUCUGCCGCACGCGAGGACACGAUCGGACUACACAGACUUCGAGACGUCCUCCCCUACCAAUGCCAACACUACAUUCCCUCCCCCACCCAACCCCAACGCACCCGCUCUUUCCUCCUCACCAUCGAGCGUCGGCUCCCGCGCAGCUUCGAAUGCACUGACACGCGCUCUGAACAUCGCCACGAAGAAGCUCUUUGGUUCGUCCGGUCCGCGGACGACGUACUACAAGGAGUUCGCUCCGUCGUCGUCAUCGCCUCGGCGGCAAACCAUCCUGUCAGGUCGGGCACAGGGUCUGGGGCUGCAAGUCAAUGGCCAGCGAGACGCGAUGGAGGACGAGCUGCUGGCGACGCUUGAGGAGCUCGCGCAGAAGACAGAGGUGCUGACACACUGGGCGGACGAGAUGUACGGGUAUGUCAAGGCUAUACCUCAGAAGCCGUUGCCGGACCCGACCAAGUUCAUACGGCGGGAGGGCGAACCUGAACGGCACGCUGUGAAGCGGAAGAACGCAGAUAUCCAGGCGGAGUACAACGCGAUGACCUGCGUCGCGCUGUACAUGCUCCUCAUGUCGUUCUCACAGAACGGCGUGAACAAGCUGUGUCAUUACUAUGAGCAUCUGCAGAUGCGCGAUCCGGACGGGGACACCGAGGUUAGCGAAGGUUUCGACGAAGCUCUGACCUACUUCGAGGACCACUUCAACAAGUGCCAUGACCGCGCCGCCCUGGUAAAGACGUGGUUGCCGGCCCAGUACACGGGGCCGCCGACAUUCUUGGACCAACUCAUCUAUGACCGCGCUCUCAGCCUUAGUAAGAUAGCAGCUCGCAAGGAGCUCACAAACGAGAUGGCAUCCCCUGAUGAGUGCGAGAAGCUGUAUGAAGAGGCGCUCUGGUGUCUGUACGCGCUGCAGGACGACCUCCUGCAGAAGGACAAUCCGUAUAUUGAGGAGGACCGGGAGACAAUCUCUACAUGGAUCAAGCGAACGAAGCUGCGUCUCGUCCGGUGUCGUGUCCGUAUGGGCAUGAACGAGCGCGAUCGACUUCGCGAUGCUAACGCAGACGUGAAUCUCUCCGACGUGCCCCGGGAGCCACCUCCAUGGGAGGUGUCCGUCCUAGACAGGCAAGCCACGGCUUCGCCACGGUAGCCCCCACAUUUCCUUCCUUGCUGUAGAUAUAUGAUGGGUGUACGUUACUGUUAAUUAUUGGUUUGGGAGGUGGCUGGUCUCGUAGUUGGCAUGCCAUCAUUAUGUUCGGUCUCCAGCG